CAACUUCUUGCUCAGUUCCUACCAAGCUCUAUUUCCUUCCUUUAAUUUGCGUUGGUUCCAUGUGUUCUUACUUGUGAAUGAGCAUCCCUAUAAAGUUCCAACUUCUUGCUCAGUUCCAACCAAGCUCUAUUUCCUUCCUUUAAUUUAUACCUUGCUCAGUUCCUACCAAGCUCUAUUUUCUUCCUUUAAUUUAUACCUCUCUCUCUCUCUCUCUCUCUCUCUCUCUCUCUCUCUCUCUCUCUCUAUUUUCUCAUCAUGGCAAAAGAUGACCUUGUUCAAAGGUUCAUUGACGAAAACAAUACAACUGUGGUUCGAAGGUUAGCUAACUAUCAACCUAAUCAAUGGGAUUACAAUGCCAUCCGAUUUAUAACAAACAAUUUCACGGAGGAGGCAUACGAUCCUUUGGUUAAGAAGCUGAAGGAAGAGGUUAGGGCUUUGCUCAGUGAAACUGAACCAGUUGCUCAAAUCAUGCUCAUUGAUUCCAUUGAAAAGCUUGGAUUGGGCUAUUAUUUUGUGGAGGAAAUUGAGAGGCUUUUGAAUGAUAUGCUUAUAAGUGGUUAUCCGAAAGUGGUGCGAAAAGAUGGCUUGCACGUCACUGCUGUCCUUUAUAGGCUUUUGAGACAACAUGGCUUAAUGAUUUCACAAGAUAUUUUCGACUACUUUAAAGAUGAUGAUGGUAGUUUCAUGGCAAGUCUUUCACAUGAUGCAAAAGGAUUGUUGAGCUUAUAUCAAGCCUCUUCUCUAUCUUUUGAAGAGGAGAACACAAUGGAUGCAGCAAGAGCGUUUGCAGCCACACAUCUAAAGACAAUGAAUGCGUCCGAAAUAUUAAGUUUUGCAAAGGAAAUUGCACAUGAGAUGGAGCUUCCAUCACACUGGCGACCGACAAGGCUAGAAGCUAGAAGGUACAUAGAUAUUUAUGAGAAGGAAGAAGACACAAAUCCUACGUUGCUUCGGUUUGCUAAGCUAGAUUUCAACAUGGUUCAAAAUGUACAUCAAAGGGAACUUGCAAAGGUUACAAGUUGGUGGAUGAACCUUGGACUUGGGAAGAAAUUGGGAUUUGCUAGAGAUCGGAUAUUAGAGUGCUUCUUUGGAGUAAUUAUCAUAGUAUUUCAACCUCAAUUUGGAUAUUGCCGCGAGUGGCUUGCAAAAGUUGGAGCUCUAUUGGUAGUUGUGGAUGAUAUUUAUGAUGCGUAUGGAUCCUUAGAUGAGCUUGAGCUCUUCACUCGCGUUGUUGAAAGAUGGGAAAUCAAAGAGUUGGAAAAUCUUGCAGAAUGUAUGAAGAUAUGUUUCAUAAAUAUUAGUAAUAUUGUUGAUGAAAUGGCACGCAACUCUCAAAGAAAUGGUGGAUUAGAUAUUCUCCCCUAUUUAAGAAAGGCGUGGGCAGAUUUGUGCAAAUCAUUCUUAGUGGAGGCAAAAUGGCAAAAUGAUAAAUAUGUGCCAACAUUUGAAGAGUACAUAAAAAAUGGUUGGGUAUCAGUAUCCGGGCCCCUUAUAUUGGUACAUACAUUCUUUCUCAUGAGACAAGAGAUAACAGUGGAAGCAUUAGAGAACAUGCGGAGUUGUCCUAAAGUCGUUCGUUUAGCAUCAACAGUUUUUCGACUUUGCAAUGAUUUGGCCACUUCAACUGCGGAGCAAGAGAGAGGAGGUUCACCAACAUCUAUACAAUGUUACAUGAAAGAAAAUGGUGUUUCUGAGGUUGAUGCUCGAGCGUACAUAUCAAGUGUCAUUAGUCAAACAUGGAAAGAGUUGAAUCAGGAGCUUAUACUGUGCUCUUCCUUGCCUCAAUAUUUCAUGGAAGCAUGUACAAAUUUAGCACGAAUGGCAGUUUGCUUAUAUCAACACAGAGAUGGCUUUGGAAUCCCAACACAUGAGACCAAGUCCCAAAUUAAAUCAUUGCUCAUAACACCUAUUCCAUUUGCGGAGAAAGGAAUUGCAAAUAAUUCCCAUCAAUGGUGUAGUGUUUAUCAAGGGCAAAAGAGUAAGGUUGCCUUAUGAAUGUAAUACGCUCCCUUUUUAUAAGAUAGAUUUUCAUGUAUUAUUAGCAUAUGGAAACAAUUAUACCCACCAGUAAAAUAAACAUGCAGUGAUGAUAAUGA